GGCGCUGAUCGGAUGACACAUGAAAGUCACCGGUAAAACAACCGCAGUGUGUUACAGCCACAGCAGGGCCUGUUGAGAUAGCGUCACACAAAUAUGGUGUGAUACUCAAUUAAAAUAUAACCCUAAACAUGUUUACGGUGUAUUAGAAAGCAGCUCAGUGUUUACAGCAACGAUAGUAGCUACUUUGUUCCGGCGCUAGCUAACGUUAGCUAGGAAAUGCGUUUGGCAGAAGACUCAUAACAACAGUUACCGGCGUUUACAUAUAUGUAAUUAACAUUAAGGUACAUCAAAAUACAGGCAGGUCUGUCAGAGUCUGUGCCAGCUUGCCACCAUCCUCCUCAGCUGAAACAGCGUACAGAUGGCAAGGAGCUUCGGUCGAAUAUUCAAGGGCUUUCAACGCCUCGGCUCACGCUCAUCCAUACAGACUCAACUCAGCAGCCAUCCGCCUGCCAGCGUUUCAUUCAGGACCAGCUUUGUACGGACGGUGGUGAAUCCAUCGGCCUUCUCCUUCAAGCCACGGGACUUCAGCUUGCCGAACUCCUCAUGGGGCCCAGAAAUGAUGCGGUUGUAUGAGCAUUAUAACAGUCUGUGUGAGGUGGAGACAGAGGGGGGAGAGAAACAGGAAGGGCCAUGGAGGAGACUGCCAAGCUACAAUCGCCUCCUCAAAUAUGCUACAGGUGGAGUGUAUCUUAGUAAAAUGAUCCAGUCAAAAGCUCGUCUUUUUACCCGGAACAUGAGAGACCCCGGGGCAGCAUUUGAGUAUGUUUUGUUUGUUAACAGUGAGGAGCAGAAGUGUGUGUGCAUUUUCCAGGCAGGACAUCUACUGGAGGGGCCACCAGGACAUGUCCAUGGGGGGGCGAUAGCCACUAUGAUUGAUACUGUGACAGGGAGUCUCGCUACUCUGCUCUCUGGACCUGUGAUGACUGCCAAUCUCAACAUCAACUACCGCAGCCCCAUCCCACUGGGAAGCACGGUGUUGCUUGAAUCCUGUCUGGAUAAGAAGGAAGGCAGAAAAACAUAUAUUUCGUGUAAAGUGACCAGCACUGACGGCUCCAGAGUGCACACAGAAACAACAGCACUGUUCCUGUCAAUCAAUGUCAGCCACCUACUACUGGGAGUAUGAUACAAACGCACCAGUCUACGAUUUACCCAAGCACUGUCAGCAAGCAGAGGCCACAACGAGUGUGUGUGAGUGUGUGAUUAGUUUGGAGAAUUGUUUGGGGGAGUGUGUACUUGGUGAUUUAAGAGAUAACUUGUCUAAAUAUGACAUUGUUUUACACAAACUUUUUUAAUAUAUCCUAAUAUUCAUGUAUCUCUGCUGGCCAAUAUGCUAUUACUAACAAACAUUUAAGUUUCAUGAAGUACUUUUACAUGACUACCUCUGCUUAGUGUUACUAACACACUGACAGUACAUAUCUAAACAGUAUUUAUUGAACUAAAUGUACUUAUUGUAACGUUUACAACACUGGGGCCUUUUUAGAAGUGAAGUUAUUGCUCAAAAUGUACAUGACUAUUUAGUUUUCUCCAAUAUAUUCCUUGCCUAUUGGUAUUGUAUAUGGUAUGUAUGUGUUUGUUUGAUUUUCAACAAGUGAAAUUGUUUGCAACAGGAAAUAAAAUUGCAUUGUUUUUUUGGUUAAUAUAUUGAGGUUUUUGCUUCAGAAUAAUAAAAAAAAAAGAAUGAA